ACCCCUCCUCCCCCGUCUCCCACCCCCUCCGAUAGGCCUCCUCCCCGACAUCUUCGGCACCGCCCCUCCUGCACCGGCCCCCCUCUACUGCCGCCGCUCCUCCUCUACCGUCGCCGCUCCCCUCCUGCGAGCACGCGCGCGGCCGCGCACUGGGACCUGCGGAUCUCGCCGCCCCCUCGUGUACCGCCGCUGCCCCCCUCCUGCGGCGCCUCUCGCGCCGAGACGCGAGGCGGAGCACCCGCGCGGCCGCGCCCGCUCGUCCCAGGCGCCGUGCGGAGCCCCACGGGCGCAGCCCCUCCUCCUCGGCCCGGCGAAUCCCGGAUCCGCGCCGCCACCACCUGGAAUCGCCCCGCCGCCCCAAGUCAGGUGCGCACGCCGCCCUUUCCAGUCUUCUCCGGCCGGCCGACGCAGCUACAUAACCGCUUCUCUUCUCGUAGACUCGUACAGCCUGGCCUGUACACAAGAAAAUCGCUACCAAGCCAACAAUUCCUUGCCCCUCCCACAGUCCCUAGAGCCUUCCUUUCCUCCGGAGCAGAAGGUUCUAGAAGCCCCGCCCGCCCGCAAGCCAGGAUGUGCGGGAUCUUCGCCUACCUCAACUACAAUGUGUCACGGGAGCGCCGCUACAUCCUCGAGGUCCUCUUCAACGACCUCCGCCGCCUCGAGUACCGCGGUGUUGGGGAUCACCAUCGCGCAUACCGGAGGUUGCCCUAGACUGCAGGACGGAAGCCGAAGGUACCGAAGGUCUCCAGAGCCCGGAGGUCACCCUUUUGGCCGAAGCUCACCUUUCCGCACGAAGGUCAAGUGACGCGGCCGAAGGUCACCCUUCCGGCCGAAGGUCAAGUGAUGCGGCCGAAGGUCUUCGGAUGAAACCAAAGGUCCUCGAAGGUUGAAGGUCACUCCGAAGACCCGAAGUAUCAGGGACUCCAAAGAAUCAAGAGGGCACCCGAAGGUCCGGCGCUGAUCCGAAGGUUGCAGAGGACCUUCGGGAUAGCGUCCCGAGCACGAGUCGGAUAGAGUAGACAACUUGUACAUUCCAACCUGUAAAAUGACCUACGGCUCGGGAUAUUCGUAGAAUAUUCUGGACAGGUAGGGGUAUUGAGGUCAUUAUGUAAUAAAGGUUGGGGGUAUAAAUACCCCCUAACCAACCUGUACUCGACACGUGCAUAUUUGAGGGAGAAGCUCUGCCACCCCGCUUAAUUCUACCUUCGUGUAUGUAUUUUUCUUGGGUUGAUAAGAAGCGAAGAAUCCAACAGUGGCGCCCACCGUGUUCCCAGCUCGUAAACCAACCCUCGAUGGCACAAAUAAAGAGGAAAGCCACAAACCCACCCGUGGGCGACGCCCAACAUGAUUCCCGAACCAUCGAAGAAAACACUUCCACACAACCUCCACCGAAUGACAACCAACCAACAAACGGAACUCCCGAAGUUACAGAUCCGUCGGGGUCUAACCAGGAUGAGUUCACUGCCCUGAGCCUCCAGCUUCAGGCCCUGGAAAAACAGAAAGAGAUCCUUGCCAAGCAGCUGACCGUUCAGCAAAACGCGCUGAACCAAGCAAACCAAUUGGCUGAGGCCAGGCGCAAAGUAGCAGCCAUGCAAGCAGAGAUUGACAGAAUGGAGAAAAAAUGUGCAAACACUCAGACCAAUCACGAGCAGCAACCUCCGCCGAGAGGCACUCACCAAAAUGAGAUUCACAACAUCCGAACCAACUACAUCCACCAAGACCAUUAUGUUCCACCUUCGGCUGGCAUGUACGACCCAAACUCGCCACUCUCUGCAGCCUUGCAGCACACACCGUGGCCGCUGGGCUACAAGCCGCAGCUUCCCAGAUACAACGGCUCAGAAGACCCAACUCAAUUCAUCAUGACCUACGAAGCUACCAUAGCUUCGGCUGGCGGCGAUGGCCCUAUCAUGGCAAAAUCCUUCAUCAUGGCCUGCGAAGGUCCAGUAGCAAACUGGUACUCUCACCAACCCUCGGGCUCCAUCACAAGCUGGCCUCAGCUAAAGGCGAGUCUCAGACAAGACUUCCAAGGCUUCGGGCGACUCGAUCCAAACACCAUAAAAAACUUCCAGUGUCUCCAAAGAGACAAAGAACCCCUCUAUGAUUAUUUCAGGAGGUUCGUCCAAAAGAAAGCUUUGAUUCCAAAUUUCCCGGAAAAGGACGCAAUUGCCAAGUGCAUCGCUCCCUUACUACCCGGACAGCUAGCCUCCCAUUUGUCUAGGGAGCCACCCAGAACACUCAGCGUCCUGUAUGCUGAAGUAGAAAAAUACGCGAGGUCAGAUGCAUACCACAGACGAAGGGUCGAGCAGCGAAGGAUAAUGAGGCAAGCUGAGAAAAACAACUGGAAUUACCAGAACAAAAACCCUCAGUUCGUGUUCCCUGUGGAGCCCUCUCAAGAAACUAGUCCUGAGCAAGAACAGGACCAGUUCACGACUCCACCAAACAAAUCCCCCGAAGCUCAGCAAAACAACCAGGGUCGCAAUCAUCCAGGGCACAAAGGCCGAGGCCACGGUCGAGGUCGAGGAAAAGGUUGUGGACCUUCGAAUGGACCAAGAAAGCUUUUCUGCCAUUUCCACGGCAGCGAUUCGGACCAUACAACCAAUUUCUGCCCAGAGAAAAAAAGAACACUCGAAUGUAUGGAAGAAGAGAAAAAGGCAAAACUGGUCAAUCACACCACCCUGUCAGGACCUUCGGCACCACAUUUCCCACCAACACCCGCGCUAUACAAUCCAACUUUCCAGCCCACACCAGCCUUCUCCUACAAUCCAUACCCAAACAACUAGCCUCCUCAGCCACAAGCUUAUCCCAAACAGCUAUCAUUACCUCCGCCUCCGAGCCAGCAGCAGGCUCAGGAAGAGCUACCUCCGCCCCUCCAGGCCCACCCCCAAAGCAAGAGCCACAAGGCUCCCAAGCUUCGCAGAUAUCCGCGCUGCCAUCCUUCGGCAUGAUCAUGCCCAUAUCUGGAGGCUCCACCCUGGAGUUCCAAAACAAGAGGCAGCGCAGAGACUACUUCAGACAAGUCAACAUCAUUCUCGUUGACGGUCUGGCUAAGAAAACACCUUGGUCCCACAUGCCGAUAACCGUCUCAGAGGAAGACAUGAGCCUCAACAGCUACCCGCACACUGACGCAAUGGUCAUCGAAGCCAACAUUCAAGGGUGGACCAUCGAAAAAAUUCUAGUCGAUACUGGCAGCUCCGCAGACAUCAUCUUCUCAAGCACCUUCGAUAGAAUGAACAUAGACAGAAACCUCCUCCAGCCAGCCGAAAUCCCCUUAAUUGGAUUCGGAGGGAAAAGGGUCAAGGCUCUCGGAAAAAUGAACUAUCCAUACCUCGCCAUCUUCGGCCGGGGACUCAUCAACAAAUUUGAAGCAGUUGUUCACCAAUUGUAUUUGUGCAUGAAAAUGCCAGCAUCAAGAGGCAUCAUCACUGUACGUGGCAACCAACAGCUUGCCAGAGACAUAGAACGAGGGGUAGCUCCGGGGCAGAGAAAUGUUCAUGCCCUCGAAACUGAAAGAAGCUCGCUAACUGCGAAGCCCAAUAAAGAGAAAGUAACCUUUGACGAAGGGUGCGAAGUCAAAAGAGUGCCCCUCGACAAGCAUCUACCGGAUAAGGUCGUAACAAUAAGUGCAACACUGUCCGAAGAAGAAGAAAAAGAACUGCUCGACUUUCUGAACAAAAACAAAGACGUGUUCGCUUGGUCAGCAAGUGACCUUCGGGGAGUCAGCAGAAACAUAGUUGAACAUCGCCUCGACAGCAGACCCGGUGUCAAGCCAAAAAAGCAAAAGCCACAAAAGAUGUCCGAUGAAAAGGUUGCCGCUGUCAAGGCGGAGGUACAGCGCUUGCUGGACGCGAAGGUCAUCCGCGAGGUCAAGUACCCAACUUGGCUCGCAAACACAGUACUCGUUAAGAAGAAAAACGGUAAAUGGAGAAUGUGUAUAGACUUCGCAGACCUAAACAAAGCUUGCCCGAAAGAUGACUUCCCUCUCCCACAAAUCGACAAAAUCGUCGACGACGCUGCAAACAGUCAGCUGGUAUCACUCUUGGAUUGCUUCUCUGGAUAUCACCAGAUUUGGAUGAGAACGGAGGAUGAAGAGAAAACAAGCUUUAUAACCCCCUUCGGCACUUACUGCUUCGUAAGAAUGCCCGAAGGUCUGAAAAAUGCCGGCCAAUCAUUUUCAAGAAUGACCUCUAAAGUCAUGGAGCCACAGUUGAAAAGAAACAUUCUGGCUUAUGUUGACGACAUCGUCGUCAUCAGUGCAGCACGACAAGACCACAUAUCAGAUCUUGCAGAAACCUUCGCCAACCUCCGGAAGGCGAACCUCAGCCUCAACCCCGAGAAAUGUGUUUUUGGAGUACACAAGGGGAAGGUCCUAGGAUGCCUGGUCUCAACCAAAGGCAUCGAGGCCAACCCAGACAAAAUCGCAGCACUCUGCAACAUGGAAGAGCCAAAAUCAAUAAGGGACGUGCAAAAACUCACGGGCAGAAUCGCCGCCCUGAACAGAUUUAUCCCACGCUCGGCAGAUCGAAGCCUGCCGUUCUUUAAAGUCCUCCGAAGCUCCCAAAAAUUCGAAUGGGGCGAACAACAAAGGGAAGCCUUCAACUCCCUCAAAGAAUACCUCCAGAACAUUACAAAACUAACUUCCCCAGACCCAAAGGAAAUACUCUUGCUUUACACCUCGGCUUCGCAGAAAGCUGUCAGUGCAGCAUUGGUGGUCGAAAGAGAAACAGGUGGCACUCGCAAACAAUACCCAGUGUACUUCGGAAAAACAGAGAGGGGGGAGAUCUCUCAAGCUCAGGGCUCAGCUUAUCAGAUGUUCUUCAGCAACGGGAGCUUUGCCGUGGUGGCCAGCCAGAUGCUAUGGCUGGCCGCCUUCUUCGGCGGUGUUGCGGCCUGUGCCGUCGGCAUAACCUACCCGCAGCAAUACUCAGCAUUCGCCGUGCCGGCCGCCUGCGCCGCCGACCUCAGCAUCUUCAACAAGCUGUACCUGUCCUGCUUCGCGGCCAUCACCUCCUGCACCAUCCAGGCGUCGUGCGUGACCCUAGCCAUGGCGAUCAUAGGGUCGAGGAAGAGGGUCGACAAGCUCCUACCGCCCAGCGGCGUAUGGUGCCGCUGGCUCCUCCUCGCCGGCGUCCUCUUCUGCGGCGUGUCCUUCUCGUGCAUCAUCUGCGUCGUGGACUUGUUCAUCUUCGUCCGAGUUUCGAGGUUUGCUUGCUUGAGUGUGGCGGCAAAGUUCUUGGUCUGUGCUGGGGAUGUCGUAGCCGCCAUCUUGGGGAUAGGUGUCUUUAUUGCAGGAUCUUACAUAGCUUUGUUCUGCCACUAGAUGCGCUCUCUGCUUCGUCAUUUAUUUAGCAAAUAAUUAAUUAAAUUUGCCUUACCCGACCCAUGUAUUAUGUAUAUAUACAGUAGUCUAUAUACUGUAUGGAUGAUCGACGCUGGUCGUCACUCCACGGCUAUUGAUCAUUAAUUUUGUGCCUGAUGGUACUGCUGGAUACACUGCAUUCAAAGAACAAAUGAUUCAUGCUUUCUACUACUUA